AUGGGACUAAUAGGCACCAUCCCUCCUCACUUGGGAAAUUUGUCUUUCUUGGUUUCCCUUAAUAUCAGUAGCAACGGUUUCCAUGGAAUUCUGCCUCGAGAGUUAGCUAAUUUGCGCAUAUUAGAGUUUUUAAUUGUCACUUCUAAUAAGUUCACUGGAGAUAUUCCGUCAUGGUUCUCUCUUUUUUCAAAACUCCAGCACUUGCAUUUGGCGAUUAACAGUUUCACAGGUAUUAUUCCACCGGCCAUUUAUAAUGCUUCCAAGCUUGAGAGUUUAGUGUUGGGAUUUAAUCAAUUACAAGGGGAAAUUCCGAAUGAAAUUGGUAACCUUCGGAACUUGACAUGGUUGAGCUUGGGAUCAAAUCAGCUAACAGGCUCUGUACCACUUAGCCUGUUCAACAUUUCAUCGUUAGAACGUUUGGUUCUGACAAACAAUAGUUUGUCAGGGAGCCUUCCUGUUGAUAUAUGCUCGAAUCUCCCAGAACUUACGAUUGGGUAUUUGAAUGAUCUGUCUGUUUUAUAUCUUGGUCGCAAUGACUUGAGUGGUGAAAUUCCAGAAGAGAUUGGAAAUCUCCGUAAUCUAGAGAUAUUGGAUGCACAGAACUGUCCUAUUCCAUCUACAAUAUGUAACAUGUCAAACAUAAGGGGCAUCUCAUUUUUGGGGAACUUCUUUACUGGAAAUCUUCCAUCAGAUAUAGGACUUGGCCUUCUUAAUCUUGAAGAACUUUAUCUUGAUUACAAUAACCUUACUGGAUCCAUCCCUAAAUCUCUUUCAAAUGCUUCAAACAUUUUCCGGCUGGCAAUUGGAUAUAAUAACUUUUCUGGUUCUUUUCCAAGGUCAUUUGGUAAUCUAAGACGUUUAGAGUACCUAAACGUGAACGACAAUCAUUUCACAAAAGGAUCUUCAUCUCAAGAGUUGACUUUCUUCAAUUCCUUGACAAAUUGCAGACAUUUACGACAACUUUGGAUAGGUUAUGAUUCACUCAAUGGAAAUCUGUCGGCUUCUGUUGGAAAUCUCUCAAGUUCUCUUGACUAUGUUUAUGCUGCUUAUAGUGAAAUCAAAGGCAGCAUUCCCAAUUAA